AUGAACAAGAUCUUCCCCCAGGGAGAUGCCGAGAGCAACACUGCUGCCGGAGGGAAAGCCCGCCCUGGAGAGGAAGGAGAUGUGCCCCGGAGCCUUCCCAGCUUCCUCCUGGCCUACUGUGGAGACCCAGCCUCUUGGAUCUACUCCGACCAGAAAUGUGAUGGCACCAACAACUGUGGGGACUGCUCAGAUGAAUUGAGCCCAGUGACUGCAUGCCCACCUUGUGGCCCUGGAUGGUGGAGAUGCACUCCAACUGUCUUCAAGUACUGCAGCUGUAUCCCGAGGGUGCUGUGCCAGGACCAUGUGCAGCACUGCUCUGACUGGUCAGACGAGUACGUCUGUCCUGGACCCUGAGUGAGUCUCCCUCUGCAGCCUGGGAGCUGGCGCCAGGACCUUUCAUCUGAGCAUCAAACCCUAGACCACAAGGGCAGGAAGGAACCUUUGACAUCAUCCAGCGGCUUCUCCCCAUUGCCUCUAAAUAGGAAUUACCUUUCCUCUUUUCAAGUGUCUCAGCCUCUACUUAAGCAGCUCCAAUGCCAAGGAGCACACUAUCAUGUUAGACAGCCUCUAGCAGAGAUGAGGUGAGUCUGCCUCCAUCAUUUUAGGCCCAUCAAUGGGAGCACACAGAGGAAAUAUGCUCCUUGGCUCCAGGGCAGGC